GGGUCAGUGCACACUGCUCUGCCUGCUGUUGGUGGGUCAGGCUGGCCAGACUCAGAAGUCAGAGUACAGAGAAAAUCUAAGAGAGCUAUAUGUCUCUUUUCAAGCCAACGCCACCAAGGGGAGGAUCUCUGGACACACUGAUUACUUACCAGCCUCUUCCUUUUGUCUGGCAGCCAAGCCGGACUCCUUGGGAUUAUGAAUAGCUUCGUCCAGCCUGGGAAACUAGCUGGAAGGCUGCUUAAGGCCGUGCCUGCAGCACUGGACAGGCCCAUGCUGCAGCCAGAGCCCUCUGUCUGGCUGGGAGGCCAGCGCCACCGGCCUGGUCUCCUGCUUGCGCUUCUGGCUCUCCUUGGCAUUGCCUGGGCAGAGGUGCAGCCACUCCAGGUGCCUGAGCAGGCUCCAACACCCCAAGCCCUGAGCAGGAAGGAGAGUUUCUUGGUGCUUUCCCUGCACAACCGCCUGCGCAGCCAGGUCCAGCCCCCCGCCGCCAACAUGCGGAGAAUGGACUGGAGCGAGAGCCUGGCCCGACUAGCUGAAGCCAGGGCAGCUCUCUGUGGCACUCCUGCCCAAAGCCUGGCACCUGUUCCACGGACCAUCUCACAGGUGGGCUGGAAUGUGCAGCUACUCCCCAUGGGUUUGGCGUCCUUUGUUGAAGUGGUCAGCCUCUGGUUUGCAGAGGGGCAGCGAUACAGUCACGCAGAUGCUGAGUGUGCCUAUAAUGCCACCUGCACCCACUACACACAGCUCGCGUGGGCCACCUCCAGCCUCCUGGGCUGUGGGCGGCAUCUGUGCUCUCUGGGCCAAGCAACCAUGGAAGCCUUUGUCUGUGCCUACUCCCCUGGAGGCAACUGGGAGGUGAACGGGAAGACCAUCGCCCCCUAUAAGCAGGGUGCCUGGUGUUCGCUCUGCACAGCCAGAGUCUCGGGCUGCUUCAAGGCCUGGGACCAUGCAGGGGGACUGUGCGAGGUCCCCCGAAACCCAUGUCGCGUGAGCUGCCGGAAUCACGGAUAUCUCAAUGUCAGCACCUGUCACUGCCACUGUCCCCCUGGCUACACAGGGAAAUACUGUCAAGUGCGGUGCAGCGUGCAGUGUGUGCAUGGCAGGUUCCGGGAAGAGGAGUGCUCCUGUAUCUGCGACGUAGGCUAUGGAGGAGCCCGGUGUGCCACCAAGGUGCACUUUCCUUUCCACAUCUGCGACCUGAGGAUCGAUGGAGACUGCUUCGCGGUGUCUUCGGAGGCAGAUACCUACUAUGGAGCCAAGAUGAAAUGUCAGGCAAAAGGUGGGGUGCUAGCCCAGAUCGAGAGUCAGAAAGUGCAGGACAUCCUCGCCUUCUACCUGGGCCGCCUGGAGACAACCAACGAAGUGACCGGCAGUGACUUUGAGACCAGAAACUUCUGGAUUGGGCUCACCUAUAAGCCAUCUAAGGACGCCUUCCGCUGGACUACUGGGGAACACCAGUCUUUCACCAGUUUUGCCUUUGGGCAGCCAGACAACCAGGGGUUUAGCAACUGUGUGGAGCUACAGGCAUCUGCUGCCUUCAACUGGAAUGAUCAACGCUGUAAAACUCGAAACCGUUACAUUUGCCAGUUUGCUCAGGAGCACAUUUCCCGGUGGGAUCCAGGGCCCUAAGCCUGGCCAGGCAGCUUUCCUGCCAGCCCCUGAGCGCACAAGGGCCAGGCUAGGACCACAUGUCCGACGUUCCAAAGAGGUCUCCAUCUUUGCACAAUGCUGGAUGCUGGGCACAGGGCGAGAGUGCGGCUGCAGGGGUAGACCCAGGGAGCCUGGCGCAGGAAGAAGAGAGACAGCGACCCUCUGCCUGCUUCUGACUGGGACGAUGGGUUCUGUGAAACACUGAGCAGAAGAGCUGCUGUCCAGCGUCUGGGCCAAACCUUCUGGGGCAGCUGGAGGUUUCCAGAUAGUUGUCUUGUAAAGGAUUAAAUGAAUUUUUUAA